AAACUUUGCAGUUUUAAGUAUAGGACUUAGAGAGUAUUUUCUGAAAAUCACAAGUAUUAAUUUCGGUAUUACUAAAAAUAAUCAAGAUUUUAGGAAUAUUAAAAUAUCUCCUUAUCACAUCGAUAAUGAACCGUAAGAGCUUGAUGAAUUUGACGAAAUUAUUAUAUCAGGAACUGACCAAGGUCAGAGCUGAUAGCAGAAUUUCGAUGAGGUCGCUUUCGAAUGGGUCAAAAUUUAUAUUGCCAACUAUACAAGAGUUGAAAUCGCAGAAGACCAAAAAGUUGGGAUUUGAUCAUGGGUACAAGCCAGUACCUAAAGAUAGGAGUUACUUGAGUAAGUAUGUUCCUAAAAUUGAAGACUUACCCCCUAGAAGUAUGCAAGAUAGUUUCAUGGAGGGUACAAUACCUCUGUCUUCAAAUGAAAUACUUCAAGAAAAAUACAUCACCUUUCUGGGACAUGUGAGAAUUGGCAGGCUUCUGGAAGAUAUGGACAUUUUUGCAGUUUUUGUGGCUUACAAACAUAUAUAUGCUCCAACAUUACCUGAUGACAUCCCAGCACCUUACACUCUAGUCACAGCAGCUGUAGACCAAAUUGAUUUCACAGAUUUUGUCCCUAAGCCUAAUGAGGAUAUUAAAUUGUCUGGUCAUGUAAGCUGGGUUGGAAAAUCUUCCAUGGAAGUUGUUGUUUGGCUUGAACAACAACAGCAUGGUGUAUGGCAUAAAAUAACCAGAGCUCUUUUCCUCAUUGCUGCUAGAGACGCAACUUGCAAGAAAGCUGCACACGUAAAUACACUUGUUCCUUCGAAUAAUUAUGAAAGGCAAAUGCUAGAAGGUGGAGAAUCUAGAAAAAACCAAAGAAGAAAAAAUAUGCAGGAACAUGUAUCGAAAGUUGUUCCUACGGCAGAGGAACAGCAAAUCAUCCACGACCUUUAUAUGUCAACGGUUGAAGGAGAUGAUCUAACGACAAGGAAUACUAAAUUUCCUGGAGGGUUGGUAGCCAUGGAAAAAUGUACAAUUUCUAAUGUGAUUUUUUCCCAUCCCGAAGACAGAAAUAUACAUAAUACAGUUUUUGGUGGAUUUAUAAUGAGGAAUGCCACAGAAUUAGCUUGGAUCUUGGGUUUCCAAUUCAGUAAAUAUCGUCCUUAUCUAAAAAGUAUUAGUGAUAUCAGCUUUGACACUCCCAUAGCUGUCAAUUCUUUGAUUCAGAUGGAGGCAAUUGUGAAUUACACUUAUAUGAAUUUUUAUCAGAUAAUAGUUCAUGUCAAAGUCUUAGAUCCGGUAAAGGGUCAAGCAUCUAAAACUAACACGUUUAAUUUCACCUUUGAAUCUCCAGACACUGUUAGACAGGUUUACCCAAAGAGUUACCAUGAAGCCAUGUUGUAUGUUGAUGGAAAAAGGCACUUUGAUCUUGUUAUGUCUGGUGAUCAUGGUAGUAAAGUGGGAGAUUUGAUAGACAAAUAUAAUUCUAACUUGACCAGUAAGCUUUAAAGGGCCAUAUUCUCAAUUUAUUAUUAGGUAAUUGGUAAUAAUUAUGUGUGCUUUUCACAUUAUAUAUUCACCACUUUAGGAUGAGUAUUCAGUACUUAUAAUUUGAAUUAUUUUAUUUAUUAGG